AUUGGACUGGCCCCAGUUUAAAAGCGCCUGAAGCGGCCGUUAGCCGCGUGUUUCUCCUCGUGAGGCGCGGCGUCGUGGUCUUGUUGGGCGUUGGAGGGAGGGUUUUCUCUCUUCCGCGCGGCGGUCAGUUCGGAAGGAUUGGAGAGCCAUGUCUGGAAGAGCCAGAGCCAGAGCCAGGGGCAGAGCCCGGGCCCAGCAGGCCACUGCAGCGCCCAGCGUUGGAGCAGCCACUGUUCAGCCAGCCGGCCACGGAACCACCAGGCCUGAGCCGCCUCAGUCAGAGUCGAUGGGAGAGGGGUUGCUGAUCGGGCGUGGGCGCCAGCGGGGAGGACCUGUUGCACCGUCACACGAACUUGCUAUUUCAGCUGGAUUUCAAGAAAUGACUUUAGGGGAGAGAGGUGGAUGCCGCAGAAAUUACAAUGACCUUGGUGUAAAUACUCGCCAGUCGAUGGAACAUGUCAAAGAUGCCAAAAUAGGUGUUUCAGGUAACGUAAUAAAAUUAAGCACAAACCAUUUCCGACUGACUUCACGACCUCAGUGGGCCUUGUAUCAGUAUCACAUUGACUACAAUCCACAAAUGGAGUCACGGCGUCUUCGUUCGGCUUUGCUUUUCCAACAUGAGGAUAUAAUUGGAAGGACGCGUGCGUUUGACGGGACCAUCUUGUUUCUGCCAAAGAAAAUGAAAAACAAGGUUACUGAAGUGGUCAGUCAGACCCGGCAGGGAGAGACUGUGAAGGUUACCAUCACCUUAACCAACGAGUUGCCGUCUACUUCACCAACUUGCUUACAGUUUUACAACAUUAUUUUUAAGAGACUGUUGAAAAUAAUGAAUUUGCAGCAAAUUGGACGCAAUUAUUACAAUCCAACUGACCCAAUCAGUAUUCCAAAGCACAGGCUGAUGAUCUGGCCGGGCUUCACCACGUCCAUUCUGCAGUAUGAGACGAGCAUCAUGUUGUGCACAGACGUCAGCCACAAAGUGCUCAGGAGUGAGACUGUCCUGGAUUUUAUGUAUUCCUUGUAUGAACAAGUAGAAGAGCAGAGGUUCAGGGAAGCAUGUGAGAAAGAACUGGUCGGCCUGAUUGUCCUGACAAGGUAUAACAACAAAACAUACCGGAUUGACGAUAUUGCUUGGGAUUCCAAUCCUCAAGAUACGUUCACGAAAGCAGAUGGAUCUGAAAUCACCUUUGUGGACUACUACAAACUGCAAUACAGCCAAGAAAUCACUGAUUUGAAUCAGCCAGUCUUGAUCAGUCAGCCAAAAAGGAGGCGAGGCCCAGGCGGAGUUGUGCCGGGAGUAUUAGUACUUAUCCCUGAACUCUGCUACCUGACAGGUCUGACGGAUAAGAUGCGAAGUGACUUCAAUGUCAUGAAAGAUUUAUCUGUUCACACAAGACUUGCACCAGAGCAAAGAAUGCGUGAAGUUGGAAAGCUUAUCAAUUACAUUAACCAGGAUGAUAAUGUUCAGAAAGAACUGCAUGACUGGGGUCUAAGCUUCGAAUCCAAUUUGCUCUCCUUCUCGGCUCGAGUUGUUCAGCCAGAAAAAAUCCACCAAGGAGGAAAAGUGUUUGACUACAAUCCACAAAUUGCAGACUGGUCUAAGGAAACAAGAGGAGCUUCUCUCAUCAGCGUGAAGCCUCUAAGCAACUGGCUGUUAAUAUACACACGUCGAAAUUACGAUGCUGCUAAUACGCUUGUUCAGAACCUGUUCAAAGUCACUCCAGCAAUGGGAAUACAAAUGAAGAAAGCAGUCAUGAUUGAAGUAGAGGACAGAACGGAGGCUUACUUGAGAACCUUGAAGCAAUCAGUGACUUCCGAUACACAAAUGGUGGUCUGCCUUCUGUCUAGCAACCGUAAAGACAGAUACGACUCGAUCAAGAAGUACCUGUGUAUCGACUGCCCCACUCCAAGCCAGUGUGUUCUUGCGCGUACGCUGAGCAAGCCCCAGACUGUAAUGGCCAUAGCCACCAAAAUUGCUAUACAGAUGAACUGUAAGAUGGGAGGAGAGCUCUGGAGUGUCGAAAUACCACUGAAGCAGCUCAUGAUUGUGGGGAUGACUGCUACCACGACGACUGCUGGCCGCCGGUCCAUUGCAGGAUUUGUUGCGAGUUUGAACCAGGGAAUGACACGAUGGUAUUCACGGUGCGUUCUCCAGGAUCGUGGGCAAGAGGUUGUGGAUGGACUCAAAGUGUGCUUCCAAGCUGCUUUAAGGACUUGGUAUACCUACAACAACCACAUGCCUUCUCGCAUAAUUGUGUACCGCGACGGAGUUGGAGAUGGUCAGCUAAAGACUUUGGUUAGUUACGAAGUCCCUCAGUUUUUGGAAUGCUUGAAAAGCAUUGGGAAGGACUACAGCCCCAAACUGACUGUGAUUGUGGUAAAGAAGCGGGUGAAUAAUAGAUUCUUUGCCCAUAUUGAGGGAAGACUGCAAAACCCUCCUCCUGGCACCGUGAUCGACGUAGAGGUCACCCGGCCGGAGUGGUACGACUUCUUCAUUGUGAGUCAGUCCGUGAGAAGUGGAACUGUUUCGCCAACCCACUACAAUGUCAUCUACGACAGCAGCGCCCUGAAGCCGGACUACAUGCAGCGGCUGACCUACAAGCUGUGCCACAUGUACUACAACUGGCCGGGGAUCAUCCGGGUGCCUGCUCCGUGCCAAUAUGCCCAUAAGCUGGCCUUCCUUGUGGGUCAGAGCAUUCAUAGGGAACCGGACUUGGUGCUCGCAGAGCAUCUCUAUUACCUGUGAUUCUGUGGAGGAGGAAGAAGGAAAAGUGCUGCAGGGGAAGAAGCUCUCUACUCUCGUCCUCCUUGUUGUUUUCAUGCAAAGGCAUCUUGCUUUCGUUGUGUUAUACUGAGGUAUUUCUCUUAAUUUAGUUAAGGUUAUCAACUUGAUACUAAUAUUUUGUUGGCAAAGACUAUAAAUUGCUUCUGAGUUUAGUUUUUCCUAGAAAAAAAGUUGUUAACAGGAUCAAAUUUAAUAAAGUUUGUUAAAGCAUCU